AUGAGCCAUCUGUUCCAUGGACUCUUGAUCAAUCUCAUUCGCCGUUCCGAUUGCCAGACUGUGCGACCUCCGGGUCCACCGCCAGUCUCGGGCGAAGAUAACGCUGGCGUAUUGGAUCAAGCGUGGAAGAAGUGGGCCGAUGCCGAGCAGAAGAAGAGAUUGGCGUUGCUCUGCUUCAUGUGGGAUACCCAGCACGCAGUUCUCUUCUGCCAAAGUCUCUGCAUGUCAGCCUUUGAGCUUCGACUGGAACUACCGUGCAGCCAGAGCAUUUGGGAAGCUCGGGAUGCCGCAUCAUGGGCGUCGGCGUGGCGCUCAAGUCUUAGUGACCAGAGGCUGUUUUACUUGCCCACUCUCAAGUCCUAUCUGACACCGUCAGCCCCGCGACCAGCUGGCCUUACUGGGUUUUCUAGGAUCCUAGUUCUCCAUGGCCUGAUGUCCAUCUCCUGGGAUAUGGGUCGACGCGAUCAAACGGCUCUCGGUGUCGUCUCAGGAGAUAGCUUCGGGAUGGGUUGGCGGAAAUUGCUGAGCACCGCCUACGACGCAUGGAAAUGUGACUUUGAUGCCUUCUGUAUCAGUUUUGCGUCCCAAUUGCAACGAGGACCUGCCCCCCAGGCUCCGGGAAAUCAACGACAGGAGAGCGAAGAAGAUUUGACUCGGAGAGUGGAGUUCGAGUCGUUUGCGGCAGCAUACAAGGCUCUCUAUCAUUCAGCACAAGCUCUACUCAACAUGGACUUCUUGGAUGUCCAGAUAUAUGCUGGUGCUCGUCACAUCCUCGGUAGACCAGUACAGCAGCGCGACUAUCACAGAUCCGCACAGGUUGUGAAGAAAUGGGCUGCAUCAGGCUGCGAUACACAACAGCAGCAGCAGCAGCAGCAACAGAACCACCCGCUCAUCCCAAGACAAGAUCGAGGUGGGGUUACCGACGCCAACGCCGAUCAAUCCAAGCAAUCCGCGUCCGAAGCAGCGUGGCACGCGGCGAGAAUGCUAGUCGAAACCAAGAGAACGCUGAACAGCAUGGAAGCCAUGAACCUCUUCCACGUGCCAUGGUGUCUGUACCUGGCGACACUCACCUGCUGGGUAUAUCACCAUGCUCGUCCUAGUCGAUCGUACGGGGCAUCCUCGCGACGGGCGUUUGUCGCGUUUGACGAUGAGGAUGACUUUGAGGACGACGAGAUGAUUUGGGACCCGCAGGGUGAGAUGGAGGCUCUUGUUGCAAGCAUGUCGGAGCGCGCGGUACGGGGCGAGGUUGCUCUGCGGAGAGAGCGGAAGAGGACGAAUGGCCUGGUGUGGAUCAUGGCGGAUGUUUUGACGACGGUGAGAUGGGGGAUUGUGCACGCUGGCGUUGUGGUUUUGCGGGGUCUGGUGCCUCAACGCUUGAUUAACCAGUAUGAAGAGGUUAUUUAG